GCGCGCUUUCUCCCUGCGGGUCUCAGUAAUGAGGAGACUGAGUUUGUGGUGGCUGCUGAGCAGGGUCUGUCUGCUGUUGCCGCCGCCCUGCGCACUGGUGCUAGCCGGGGUGCCCGGCUCCUCCUCGCACCCGCAGCCCUGCCAGAUCCUCAAGCGCAUCGGGCACGCGGUGAGGGUGGGCGCGGUGCACUUGCAGCCCUGGACCACGGCCCCCAGCGCGGCCAGCCGCGCUCCGGACGGCAGCCGGGCAAGCGACCAGAGGGAUGAACCGGAGCCAGGGACUCGGUGGCCCCCGGCGCCCUCGCCGGGCGCACGCUGGUUGGGGAGCACCCUGCGUGGCCGGGGGCCGCCAGGCGUCCGGAAGCCCGGGGAGGGCCAGGGUCCCGAGACCCUGUGGCCGCGGGACGCCCUCCUAUUCGCGGUGGACAACCUGAACCGCAUGGAAGGGCUGCUGCCCUACAACCUAUCUUUGGAAGUCGUGAUGGCCAUCGAGGCGGGCCUGGGCGAUCUGCCGCUUCUGCCCUUCUCCUCCCCCAGCUCGCCGUGGAGCAGUGACCCUUUCUCCUUUCUGCAAAGUGUGUGCCACACCGUGGUGGUGCAAGGAGUAUCGGCGCUGCUCGCCUUCCCCCAGGGUCUGGGCGAGAUGAUGGAGCUGGACUUGGUCAGCUCGGUCCUGCACAUUCCGGUGAUCAGCAUCGUGCGCCGCGAGUUUCCGCGGGAGAGUCAGAAUCCCCUUCACCUACAACUGAGUUUAGAAAAUUCAUUAAGUUCUGAUGCUGAUGUCACUGUCUCAAUCCUGACCAUGAACAACUGGUACAAUUUUAGCUUGUUGCUGUGCCAGGAAGACUGGAACGUCACCGACUUCCUCCUCCUUACCCAGAACAAUUCCAAGUUCCACCUGGACUCUGUCAUCAACAUCACCGCUAACCUCUCUUCCACCGAGGACCUUCUGAGCUUCCUGCAGGUCCAGCUUGAGAGUAUUAAAAACAGCACACCCACCAUGGUGAUGUUUGGCUGCGACAUGGAAAAUAUCCGGCGGAUCUUCCAAGUUACCACCCAAUUUGGGGUAACACCCCCCGAACUUCAUUGGGUGCUGGGAGACUCCCAGAAUGUGGAGGAACUGAGGACAGAAGGUCUUCCCUUGGGGCUGAUUGCUCAUGGAAAAACAACACAGUCCGUCUUUGAGUACUAUGUACAAGAUGCUAUGGAGUUGGUGGCGAGAGCCGUGGCCACAGCCACCAUGAUCCAGCCAGAACUUGCUCUCCUUCCCAGCACAAUGAACUGCAUGGAGGUGGAAACUACAAAUCUCACUUCAGGACAGUACUUAUCAAGGUUUCUAGCCAAUACCACUUUCAGAGGCCUCAGUGGUUCCAUCAAAGUAAAAGGUUCCACCAUCAUCAGCUCAGAAAACAAUUUUUUCAUCUGGAAUCUGCAACAUGACCCCAUGGGGAAGCCAAUGUGGACCCGUUUGGGCAGCUGGCAAGGGGGCAAGAUUGUCAUGGACUAUGGAAUAUGGCCCGAGCAGGCCCAGAGACACAAAACCCAUUUCCAACACCCAAGUAAGCUACACUUGAGAGUGGUUACACUGAUCGAGCAUCCAUUUGUCUUCACAAGGGAGGUAGAUGAUGAAGGCUUAUGCCCUGCUGGCCAACUCUGUCUAGACCCCAUGACAAAUGACUCUUCCAUACUGGACAGCCUUUUUAGCAGCCUCCAUAGUGGUAAUGAUACAGUACCCAUUAAAUUCAGAAAGUGCUGCUAUGGAUAUUGCAUUGAUCUGUUGGAAAAACUAGCAGAAGACAUGAACUUUGACUUUGACCUCUAUAUUGUUGGGGAUGGAAAGUAUGGAGCCUGGAAAAAUGGGCACUGGACAGGGCUGGUGGGUGACCUCCUGAGUGGGACUGCCCACAUGGCAGUCACUUCCUUCAGUAUCAACACCGCACGAAGCCAGGUGAUAGAUUUCACCAGCCCUUUUUUCUCCACCAGCUUGGGCAUCUUAGUGAGGACCCGAGACACAGCAGCUCCCAUCGGAGCUUUCAUGUGGCCACUCCACUGGACGAUGUGGCUAGGGAUCUUUGUGGCUCUACACAUCACUGCCAUCUUUCUCACUCUGUACGAAUGGAAGAGCCCCUUUGGAAUGACUCCCAAGGGGCGGAAUAGAAGUAAAGUCUUCUCCUUUUCUUCAGCCUUGAAUGUCUGUUAUGCCCUCUUGUUUGGUAGAACAGUAGCCAUCAAACCCCCAAAAUGCUGGACUGGAAGGUUUCUAAUGAACCUCUGGGCAAUUUUCUGUAUGUUUUGCCUUUCUACAUAUACUGCUAACUUGGCUGCCGUCAUGGUAGGUGAGAAGAUCUAUGAAGAGCUUUCUGGAAUACAUGACCCUAAGUUGCAUCAUCCCUCCCAAGGUUUCCGUUUUGGAACUGUCCGAGAAAGCAGUGCUGAAGAUUACGUGAGGCAAAGCUUCCCAGAGAUGCACGAAUACAUGAGAAGGUACAACGUCCCAGCCACCCACGAUGGUGUGGAGUAUCUGAAGAAUGAUCCAGAGAAACUAGACGCCUUCAUCAUGGACAAAGCCCUUUUGGAUUAUGAAGUGUCAAUAGAUGCUGACUGCAAACUUCUCACUGUGGGGAAACCAUUUGCCAUAGAAGGAUAUGGCAUCGGUCUCCCACCCAACUCUCCACUGACCUCCAACAUAUCUGAGCUCAUCAGUCAAUACAAGUCACAUGGGUUUAUGGAUGUGCUGCAUGACAAGUGGUAUAAGGUGGUUCCCUGUGGCAAGAGAAGUUUUGCUGUCACUGAGACUUUGCAGAUGGGCAUCAAACACUUCUCGGGACUCUUCGUGCUUCUGUGCAUUGGAUUUGGUCUCUCCAUCCUAACAACCAUCGGGGAGCACAUCGUGUACAGGCUUCUACUACCACGGAUCAAAAACAAGUCCAAGCUGCAGUACUGGCUGCACACCAGUCAGAGAAUACAUAGAGCACUAAACACAUCAUUUGUAGAGGAAAAUCAGCAGCGUUUCAAGACCAAACGUUUGGAAAAGAGAUCCGAUGUGGGCCCCCGUCAGCUCACCGUGUGGAACACUUCCAAUCUGAGUCAUGACGACCGGCGAAAAUACAUCUUCAGUGAUGAGGAAGGACAAAACCAGCUGGGCAUCCAAACCCACCAGGACAUCCCUCUCCCACCAAGAAGAAGAGAGCUCCCGGCCUUGCUGACCACCAAUGGGAAAGCAGACUCUCUGAACGUAUCUCGGAACUCAGUGAUGCAGGAGCUCUCAGAGCUCGAGAAGCAGAUUCAGGUGAUCCGGCAGGAGCUGCAGCUGGCUGUGAGCAGGAAAACAGAGUUGGAAGAGUAUCAAAGGACAAAUCGAACGUGUGAGUCCUAGGUAACCACACGGCUCCCUUCUCUCAGUUCCUGGCGUUCCUCUGAGCCCUGAAGACCUUUGUAAUGCUCUUUUGUAACUACUGAUGUAGGUGUGGGGAGGCCGAGGGCUAGGUCUUCUUAGAGAUCAGGUCUGCUCUCCCCAGCUUAAAAUGCAGCAGCAGCUCUCCCAAGCUCACCCCCUGUGUUUCCAGGAUAGAAGUCUUUCUCAUGGCAAGAAUCUUAAAUUAAUCAGGAGCAAGCACCACAUAAGGGAUCUGUGCAUAACCAGACAGCCCCAGCUCCUGUCAACCUUUUCACAAGGUGCCACAGUAACAUUUCUGGUUUUUAGCCCUUUCGCUGCACUAUGAACAAGAGAUAAAAUUGUUACUCACAUACCUAUGUCUUAAUGGUUUGUUGGUUUUGAUCUUAAUAUAGAAAAGGAUUUUCCAGGGUGUAGGUUUUGAUACAACUCUCUGAUCUAGAUUUGUUCCUACUACAUUCUGAAUGGGGAGCGGGGUAAAAGCAGGGUACUUCCUACUUGGGAGCAGUACAGCACUUAUUAGUAUCACAGCAGGCCAAGGAGUGAUUGGAUCAGGUAAGAGAAGGAUCUGGCUCUCUGACUCCAUUUUAACAUUUAGUAGGAACAUGCUUGCAUGGCAUUAGGAAAGGGGACAGGAAUAUGGUGAGUGGGGACCAAAGACAAGUCAAAGAGGGAUUAAAAAUGCACACGAAGCUUUUAGAACAAAAACCCUGUGCCAAAAGGACAAUUUGGCUAAAGAAUGAAGAAGACUAUAUUUCUAAUCUAAUUAAGCAUCCCCACUGUAAUGUGUGCCUUUUAUAAAGGAAAAGAAAAGCAAAGAAGGUGUGGCCUUAAGAGGGACCUGGAAUACGCCUGCUUAUUCCUGUAACAGAAUACGUGGGCUGGAACUGCGGGUUCAGUGAAAUGUUCUGCACACCACAUACCAGGCCAUUUUCAGAUCAGCAGUCACCUAUCUCUUGGCACAGGAAUCCCAAAAGUGAACUUCCAAGCUGUGAACAUCGCAAACUUCAACCUCCAGGAAUCUGCCCCACGCUCUGAAUAUCUGUAUAGAUACCACCAAGUCAAUAUCCCAUCUUCACCUGCUGGCCUCUGGGGAGCUAUGAACAGGUUUCAGCCCUUCUCCUUAUCCAGCAGGCCCCAUCUAAUGCCCCCCAAAGACUGAUAUGUGUGACCCGGCCCACUCUCUGCCUAGGCAUCCUUUUCCCAGCAUAAGACUGCUUAGGCAUGGAGAGAAGGAAAGAAAUGUGAGAAUUCUAGAACUUCAGUUCCCAAAUAUUAGUGUAGAUAAGAAGCAUCUAGGAAACUCAUCAGAAUGCCAAUGGCCAGAACCCUUCCCCAGAGAAUACAGGGGUGGGGACCUGGAGGUGGGCUCAGAAACUGAUUGCUCACCAACAUCCCAGGUGAUCCAACAUUGCCCUUGCAGAGACACUGUUCUGGAAGUUUAGCUGCCCCUAGGUAUGGGGAGAUGGGGAAGAUCAUGAAGAGGGAGACAUUUUGAGACUUUUUUUUUUAACUUCAGCACAAAUCUGAUUCUCCUUCCACAUGCCCACUCCCACCACCAUGGGUACCGUUGAGGAUAAGAUUUAUCUAUCUACUACUUGCUCUGUCUACUUAACUACCACGGACUGAAUCAAUUUCAGUACCUUCAGCGAGUCCACUCCCAGUGCCAAGCACUGUGCCCUUUAACAGCUGCAGAUCAUAGGAAAAGUGUCUCAAUCAGAAAAUUUCUCCCCCUACUUUUGGGUAGAAUGUCUGCAUUUCUACCAAGAACUACCCAGUCUCCCAAGGAAAGAUAACACCUUAAGUUGUAAUUAGAUAAAACCAUAAUUGGCUGAUAAAACUCUGGGGUGGAGGUAGGCUCAGAUACACUAAUAAAGGACGUGUGGGAGGGCUCUCAGGUUAGACUUCAACAACCUCACAGAUGAAACAGUUCAACAGUGAGAGAACAGGUGAGCUCUGAAAACAGAAUAGGACAAUUCUGCCUUGAAAUGCCCUAUACCCCUACAUCCUCAACCAGUCCCAUAAGUAGGUUUGCAGCUGCCUUUGGAAGAUUACACCCCUUAGCCCUCCCCACCCACCUGCAACAAAGAUGCUGUAGAUUCUACCAUGGUAGUCUGCGGACCCCUGAACCUCUGCGCAUCCCAGAAGUCUGAUGUACAGGUGUACCUCAAUUCACAUUACAGCCAUGCUCUUAAUGUUGUACAUGGACAUUUUUAUAAUUCAACUCAUAUUUGACUGUAUUUGAGAAGCUGGCUAUUUAAGGGAACCCAGAGGUAAAUUCUUUUGUAAAGUAAAGAACCCUUUUGUAAUGCAAUUAAUUAUCCCUUAAUAUAUCUGUUUUGUAAGUUUGGGUUUUUGUAUAUCGGGUUUACCUUAAGCUUCUCUACUGAGGCAUUCUGAGCCGUGGUGAUCACAUGCCAGACCGCGCUGCCCAUCCACAAACUAGAUGACCAGUGCAUGCCCUCAAGUAUCUCCUGAGGCUCGACCUGGCCAAAAUGAUGGCAGGAUGCAGCAAGCAAAGCAGAGGCUGAAGGCAGGCUGACUGCUAUCAACAUUGCUCGAAAUGCCUCCACGUUCUGAGUAAAGAAAAACCAUACUUGCUUGUGGUAAAUGAAGCAAUCUUCAUGUUAAGUAGCAAUGGUUACUUUUAUUGGUAAUAACUGAACAGUGUUUUGCAAUUUGUGAGACAGUGUGUUGUGUUUUGUAAAAAGACGUCAUGAAAUGGUGGGUCCUUGAAAACCUCCUUUCUGUUCUUUCAACUCCCCUCAGGCUCAAAAAAAAAAAAGAAAGAAAACAAAGAUCAGAAGCCUUCAGGUGGAAGGUGGUAUCUUAGUAAAGGAAAGCGAUAAGGGAUGCUACCUUACCUCCUCUCCUGGGCUUUCAUUUCAUGAGAUCAGAAGGACCCCAUUCUCAUCCAAGCUCUGGUGCUGGGAAACUCGGAAUAAGACAAACUGUGUCACAAAACCCUAACCCCGUUUUCCAAUGGGUAAUUCCUGGCACAAACAGCACACAGUAAAGCAUAGGGUGAGCUGGAACAGUUAUAGCUACUUGGUUCAUGUAAAUAAUAAUAAGUUAGAGCCCUAGCAUGUAUAUGCCUCAAGGUAAGGGAGAAAAAGGAUUCCCCCAACAAUUGAAAACAAGUUGAAAGAAUGACCAGGACAACAAAGUGAGGCAGUCACAGAAACACAAGCAGCUGAGGUCUUUAAUGUGCCUGGAGAUAACUCUCCAUUAUUCAUGAAUCUUGCUAUUGCACAAACCCCAUACAGGAGCCACUGCUUCUCUUCCAGACAGGGAAGUGGUAAUGGAACAAGUGGCAAGCGGAACAGACUGUGUCAUCCGAGGGACAGACCUGUCCGUGUGGGUGCUGAGUCUAUUAGAGCCUUGGAGCAAAGGAAGCACUUCCUUGGGGUAGAUGGAGAAGACGGGGGAAAGAAACAACUUUAGAGCCUCUUUUCCUCCCAACUCAUAUUUUUGAUAGGCAAACCAGAAAAUCCAAUCAGUCUUCAGAAAUUGCUUUCUAGUCAUUAAUAUCAUUUCACCAUCUAUCUGCACUUUUAGUUAUUCCUUUCUUUACCCACCUAAUCCGUUCUUCGAAUCUAGGAUUCCCUCGCUCAUUUUUUUAAGUUUAGUUACUAAUCAUUUUAUGAAAAUAAUGUACUUAUAAGUAUUUUCUUAAGGUUUGUGAAGAGUAUUUGCAUUGUGUCUUCAUUUUAACGUGUUUGCGAUCGCUCCGCUCCAGGAAGAACGGACUUGCUGUCUUGUGAGCAUGAAGUGAACAGGCUGUUUUGCUCCAGCCACUUUUCUUGUACAACCAUGUGGAUGGACUAGAUGUCCUCAGGUCUUUUCCAUCUUCAGUUUCUAUGAUGUGAAAUAAAUGUUCAGAUAGAAACUU